AGGUGAUCGAGCACGAAGGCCAUUUGGCACUUUGCUUCCAGCUUCAAAGAUGUGACUUGCGAUCAGCUUUGAAGCGUUGGGGUCAAGGAGCGGGUUUGCCUCUUGGGCUCGUGCGAAAUUAUGCUCGGAACAUGUUCUUGGCCUUGCGCGCUUUGAAACUGGUGAGCAUUGUACACAGUGACCUGAAGCCAGACAACCUUUUGGUGUCGAUGGACAAGAUGUCCGUCAAGCUGUCGGACUUUGGGUCAGCCAUGGAUGUGAAGGAUCGUCUCCGCGCAGAGAAGGCCUCUGAAUCCCUGCAGCCGCGCUUCUACCGGGCGCCUGAGGUGAUCUUGGGCUUGCCGUAUGACACGCAAAUCGAUGUGUGGAGUGCUGGCUGCACGGUGUUCGAAAUGGUCACAGGCAGAUUCCUUUUUGUUGGCCGUGACAACAACGAGAUGCUCUACCGAAUAAUGAAGCAGCUUGGAGCGUUCUCGCGGAAAUUCUGUGGAAGUGGCAAGCUGUCAGAGCGUCAUUUUCGGAGAGAGGAUGGGGCCUUCCGAUGCGGCGCUGAUGCCAGUGGCGAGCCGCUGAAGUUCAUUGGGCGCGAGGACUUCCCACGUCCUGCGAGGCCGAUCUAUGAAGAGCUGCAGGAACCUUUACAGCUCAAUGGAAAUGAAACUGGCCAAGUGGCGGCGAAAGCCUUGGUGGAGUUGAUCUUGGCGUGCGUGACACCUGACACUUGGAUCACAGAUCAGCAGUGCGAACUAACUUUUUCCGGAUUUCUGGGGUGUGCGGGGCGCCCGGGGCGUGGCAACCGUGGCUUUUUGCUUAAGGUGGGAGGUUGCGGUUCAGUUUCCGAAAGGCGAGCUCUUUUUGAAGGUGUUUGUGAACACAUCGGAUUCGCAACAGCUUUUUGACUCCUCAUAUUCAUCGACAAGUAAACAACUUCACAGACCGGCUUACUCAACAUUUCUACCCUGGCUCACUAAUUCGGUGCAAGAUAGUGAGAUGCAAUCGAAUGUUUACUGUUUCAUAUUCAUAUUCAUAUUAUUUCAUAUUCAUAUUAUUUCAUAUUCAUAUCAUUCUUUUUGUUUUUGCUUCGGCAGCCAGACAACAUGCUAGAACUGAUAAUGAUGUCCAGCAACGAGCCUAGAUAGUUUGACCUUUGUGUUUGGCUUAUCAUUUUCACACACACACACACGUCAUACUCGCGUGGAAAUGGGAUGUGGGUUUCUUUUGGGGUCUUUGAGUCUAGAGAGACUAGAGAGGGUUUCGCUUCAAGAAAUGAAAGGAUCCGGCACUCCGUGUGGAUCCCGAAGCCGCACUGAGCACUUGCUUUCUUCGGCCAUCGGGCAAUCGAGUCCAAUGAGAUUCGAGAGAAACGAUUGUCGCUUGUUCAAAACUGUGGGAGGCCAUGUUUUGGCUCCCCAUGUAAGGGCC